CUCUCUGUGUCUGCAAGCGGCUGCAGCUCGCUCAGGGUCUCAUUUGACGAGCACAGGUGGAGGGUUGCAGCGAUUUUCCUCAAAACAGCAAGUGAAAUCCAGACGCAAUGCAGAGGACAGUUUCUUUCGGUCUUCAGGCAGAUGAGAAGGCGGUCGAUGGCGGUCUGCUGCCUGAUGCCAAUGGGAAAGAGCCAAACCCGGGCGGUCAGACGGAGGGCUCCAAGUGGCAGAGACCACGGCUCUCGCGUAAAUCUCUGAUGAAAUGCUGCCUUGUGAAGUGGAUAAUUGCCAGCACCACACAGCAGGGCCCAGAUGACAGCAGUGACAGUGACCUUGAACUCUCCAUGGUGCGUCACCAACCUGAAGGCCUCGAACAGCUCCAAGCCCAGACGCAGUUCACCAGGAAGGAGCUCCAGUCGCUUUACAGAGGCUUCAAAAAUGAGUGUCCCAGUGGGCUAGUGGAUGAAGAAACAUUCAAGAGUAUUUACUCACAGUUCUUCCCUCAAGGAGAUGCAACCACAUAUGCACAUUUCUUGUUUAAUGCUUUUGACAUGGACAGAAAUGGCUCUAUCCGGUUUGAGGACUUUGUUCUAGGACUGUCUGUGUUACUUAGAGGCUCUGUUACAGAGAAACUCCGUUGGGCAUUUAAUCUAUAUGAUAUCAACAAGGACGGCUACAUUACAAAAGAGGAAAUGCUGGCUAUCAUGACCUCCAUUUAUGACAUGAUGGGCAGGUAUACUUUACCCAGCGUACGAGACGAUUCCCCCUGUGAACAUGUGGAGAAAUUCUUCCAGAAAAUGGACCGUAACAAGGAUGGAGUGGUGACAAUAGAGGAAUUCAUAGAAACUUGCCAAAAGGAUGAAAAUAUUAUGGCUUCCAUGCAGCUCUUUGAGAAUGUCAUCUAGUUUCUGUAGAGAAAACUGGACCAGUAAUGCCGCAUAGAGCGUCCCGCUACAAGCUUCUGGGCCUGAAUAAUUUCAUUUAUUGUGAAAAAGCAAAACUGGACGACACUUUUUUAAUGCAAACUGGUGGACACUAUGGUUUUUACAGUCAAGCUGUUCCAUGUAAAGAAAUGUACAGCAUUCACCAAAUCACCUGAAGAAGAAAUGUUUCUUUGCAUGAUAUUUUGAUUUUUGCACAUGAAAGAAACGACAAAUGAGCCAGAUGAGCAUGAGUGUUUGCCUGACAUUAAAGUGCAUGUAAUGCAAACCACCUCAAGCACAAACAAUGGGUUUUAUUGUAUUUUUUUUUUUGUGCCACUUUGAAACAUGUGCAAAUGAGAAAUCUUUGUUACUGUAUUAAACUGUAAAGUGUGCAAACAUGAAGCCCAGGCAUUGUUGUGCUUACCAUAAUCUAGUUGAAAUAAAUAUUUGCUCUCACGUACUCAUAAUCCUGCUAAAUCCCUUCUUUUUAUGUUGGAAAAAAAAAGG